AUGUGGCGUUCACAGGUAACUGGGCUAGUGAUAGAUCUUGACGCUCUUUUCAAGGGUAGAUUGUGUUGCUUUCCCAAGGAUCCACUGGAGGAUGUUGAGACUUGGGGCGAGUCUGUGGACAAAGUCCUCAGCUGUAAAGCUGGACAGAUAGCUUUCCGGGAAUUCCUGAAGUCCGAGUACAGCGAGGAGAACAUACUGUUUUGGCUCGCCUGUGAGGACUACAAAAAAAUCAAGACGGUUCCGGAGAUGAUCUCCUCGGCCAACAGGAUCUACUCAGAGUUUGUCCAUUCAGAAGCACCCAGACAGAUCAACAUAGAUUGCACUACCAGAGAAAACAUCACAAAGAACAUCUCCCAGCCGACCCUGACUUCGUUUGAUUCAGCGCAGAAGCUCAUCUACAGUCUGAUGGCCAGGGAUUGCUACCCGCGGUUCCUAAAAUCUGACAUCUAUCAGGGACUCCUGAGGAGAACCGAUUCAAGGUGACUGUAUUAAAACCGACAGCCUCUCAGACGGGCUCGUGAAAUCAUCUAUCCAACUCUGAUCUGCUGUAGCACUCUUUGAUUUCGGUGUGGAUAACCGGUUUAUGCCAUACAAUCCAGAUACUUAAGUAAGGCAGAUGUAGUUUUUCUAAAACUGUGUGAUUCCGUAGACAGUUACAGCUCAAGAG